CAGCUCUGACUAUUAGCCAGUUCAUAUUGAUACUCGCAGAGUUGUUUCUCUUUCUCCUUAUUCACGGUACUAUCGUCUUGCAUCUGCCGCCGCGCCGGUCGUCGAUCCCCAUGGCUUCCGCCGCCGCAAAUCGCCCGCGGAAUAAGAAGAAACCUGAAUGGCCGAAGCUCCGGUACGGUAUUGGCCGCUGCAAACGCUGCCGGGAACUUGAUAAACUGAAACUGAAACCCAAGCCGGACGACAACGAUUACAUAUGGCAGGACGACGAUUUCGGGGGCGACGAAGAACUAAUGCCAAGGGUCAUUCAUUACCGGAGGAAAUGCGAGGUCACCGGUAUGAGGAUUUGCUACCACUCGAUCCCUCUGACAUAGAAAGUACAAGGGAGUUUUUUUUUACAAAAGAUAAUCAUAUAUUGAUUCACAAGAAAGUCAGUUACAUCCUGGAAUUCAGCCAGGCCUGGAAAUCAAAAACACGACACGUGGUUGGCAACAAUGAAAGGGCCUUUCUAGCCACUAAAUGGGCUACCCUAUUGUGACGCCGACCUACAAAUCGCACACUAAACCCUGAAUGAAAGGCAAAAUAAGAAACUACUUCUUCAAGAACAGCCCCCAUCCGGACAUCACCAAGAGUUGAUGUGGACCUUGGAUUGAAAAACCUUAGGGGAGCGCUAGUUGUUGAUGCUAAUAUUUAUUUGCCUUUUAAGGAGCUAGGAAUGAAAUUAUAUAUUUAGU